AUGGGUAACAACAACAACAACACAACUCCAGUUAUGUGUAUUCCUUUCCAUUAUGCAACAUCUUUAAAUUCAAUGGCUAGUGCUGGAGGUUCAGCUUUAGGCAAAAGAACUCGUCGAUUAGCACAAGAAAUUGUUUCUUUGAGCAGUUCAUUGCCUCUUUCAUUUAGUAGCGGUGUUUUUGUUCGAACUUGUGAAGAAAGAUUGGAUGCUAUGAAGGUUUUAAUAACGGGUCCAUCAGAUACUCCUUAUGCAAAUGGAUGUUUUGAAUUUGAUGUUUUCUUCCCUCCAGAUUAUCCAAAUGUUCCAAUGCAAAUGAAUUUGGAGACAACGGGGAAUCGAACAGUUCGAUUUAGUUUGUUUUUUUCUUUUAAUUUUUUUGUUGAAUUUUUGGGAAAAUUUGAUACUUUUCCGUUUUAUCCCUACGGAUUUUUUUCGAACUCUUUUUGCAGAUGUUGUCUUCCUUAA